UCGAGUUGAGUAGUAGUAGUAAUAGUAGUAAUGAAGAGCGCUGCCACUGGCCUAGAGCCCUUUUGGUUGUCAAAUUUCGCAACGCUUUCUCGAUGGUUUAUUACUGGUACACAUUUUCGUGCACGUUUUUUCCAGUUGAAAAGCGAUAAGCGCUGUAAUAUUAAUGUUUUUCUGUAGCAGUUUAAUGCAUUACCGAGACGUUAAUAGUGUUUCAAACAAGCUGUGUGAAAAAUGUAGAAAACAAGGCCAUUGAACCAAAUAGAUAGAUGCUAACUAAAAAUAGCCCAACGUUGAUGCAAAUUGAGGGAAAAUAUAAUAGGGUUAAAACACAUUUGGAGCACGUACGCGGCUUCAGUGAAUGAAAUAUUGACUUACAGAUUGGAUAAACAUUCCAACUAGAUUGCUGAUCCACCAACACCAACCGUGUUUCGUUUGCUCUCUGAUAGAGCGCUCGAUGGAAUCGGAACGACCUGGAACGAUAAACAUAUCGCGCGCCGCGCAUUAUUCGUCAAGUGCCCGCGUGAUUAAGUCACAGCACAGGCGGCCGUUACUCGGUCGAACAUGUUGGCUUUCAACUUAAACUUAGUUGGAAAUCGUUCUCUAAACAAAACUGAUCUGUUCGGUUGAUAUCUCGGUGUGCAAUGCAGAACCAACAGUUUUAUGCAUUCAAGUUCGUGAUCAUGGUUUUAAAAUAGCUAUAUUAUAUGACAAUAAAAUAAACAACGAAAAGUGCCAUAUGUGUAAAAGUGAUAAAGAAUAUGCAACGUCAUCAAACAUAUCUAGCGCGAUAAUGGAUUCGACGAGACAGCACUCGUCCUAGAUUGCAUAUCAUUGUGCGAGUUUAAUACGCCAGCAGAAUCAGAUCCUCAGCGGCGCCGUGACACGACCCGAAUGUAAUCUCUCCACCAACUGCCGCAUUCGCUUUCAAGCAAACAGCUGAGCUGAUAACGCCCGACGUCGCUUUAGCUACCCUGUGACACAUGAUAUUAGAUUCGGUGAUAGCUUAAACGAUAUGCGCUGCCCCGCACCCGGGAGAUAUCGACAUUGUAGGCGAGAUACACGCUCGUUGGUCAUUCAAAGCAAUUUGAAAGCGGCUGCUGCAACAGGUGAUAGUACAGUGAUAACCCCGGGAAGUGCCUACGUGACUGGAAGUGUUCUGUUUUUGUGCUGGAAGUGAAUAUUUCACAGACCCCAGUGGCAGACAUAGACAUGGCUGAACCGGCCCAACUGCGACCCCCAGACGGCGGCUGGGGAUGGAUGGUGGUUUUCGCCUACGGCAUGGCCAAUAUCAUGAUUGUGCCAGUGCUCCAGAGUUUCGGUCUCAUCUUCAAGGACACCUUCAAACAGAUCAACAUCUCCGCAACGGACGCCUCGCUCAUCAUCAACCUCGCCUCUGCCGUCGGCAUGACCUUUGGCCUGUUCAAUGGCCCGUUGCUGCGCAGCUUCGGUUUCCGCAAGGUAGCUACCCUCGGUGGAUGUAUGUUCUCCCUCGGUCUCAUGUUCACCUCCAGUGCCGAAACGUUCCUUCACUUCAUCAUUACUUACAGUAUUAUAGCAUCUCUGGGUAUGGGAUUCUGUAAUUCUUCAUUCUCGUUGGCCCUGAAUACGUACUUCGUCACGCGCAGAAAUAAAGCGGCCGGCAUUGCAAUGACCAUCACCGGACUAGGGCCGAUCCUCCUACCUCAGUUAGUUUCACUGCUGGUAGCUCUAUACGGAUCCCGGAAUUGUUUGCUAAUUAUUGGGGCUCUGGCGACACACAUCGUAGCCGGUGCACUACUUUUGCAACCGGUCAAUCGGCACAUGAUUCCGGUGGAGGCGAAGAUCGACCCAUCCUUACCGAAGGAGGAAGCUGCUGAUGAAAAAUACUCAGUUGUUGAUACAUCCCAGAGAAUCAACAGCAAAUGGGAACUGGAAUCUGACAACGAAGACGACUAUCUCGAAAAACAAAGCUACUUCGCAGACCACGACAUGGAUGCCCAAAGUAUCUACGGCUUUGAGCAAACAUCUCAGAUGCGCCGCCGGGAAUCGAUGGCCGCGGCGAUGCACCUAACGCGAACUAAAAGUGAAGUUAUUCAUCCCAUACAGAGGCACCCCUCGACGGCCGAAAUGUUGCUCAAAACGUACUCGCAGAAUUUGGAUCCGCACAUGGAAACCGGCAAGAGGAGAUGGUUCCAAUCUGGAUCGACCGAAACGGUCAAUUUAGGAAGUUCAGUGAAAAUAUUUGAAGACAAAGAACUAGAACGGAGAGGUUCUCUGGACAACGGUUCUCCCAGAAGGAAAUCUUCGACAGCAAGAUUUUCUCCUAGAACCAAACGAUGGUUCGAAAAGUCGGAGGAAUCCUUCCAUUUGGGGAGCUCACUGAAGUUGUUUGACGAGCGGCACCCAGGAUCUCGUAGGAGUUCCCAAUCAAACAUUCGUGAACUGGCAGUUCCUAUGCUUGUCAUCUCCCAAUCGAAGCUUCCAGUUUUAAGUGAAAACCAAGGCCUUACGGAUGAUAACCGACUGCCGUCGAUCAUGAGACAGUUGGAUAAUCCAGCAUCUCCAAAGCCGCAGGGGCCGAAAACCACCAAAUUUGAUUUCAGCCACGUGGAUGGCAAGGGGGAUCCCGUUACUUUACAUGAAGAGAAACGGAAAAGUCUGUCACAAAAAAUAGUGACCCUUUUUGAUCUCACUCUCCUGCGGGACAAAGUGUAUGUCAACAUGAUGUUGGGUAUGUCAAUUGCUGUAUUCGCUGAGAUAAACUUCUCCCUGCUGACGCCAUUCAUUCUGAAUGAUCUGGGCUACGAGACGGAGCAGAUUGCGUCAAUUAUGUCGACCCUGGCGGUUGCGGAUUUGAUGUUUCGAUUUAUCUCCCCAUUCGUUGGAGAUUCGCUGAAGCUAACUCCUCGGAUCAUGUACAUGAUUGCCCUCAGCAUGUUGAUACUUACUAGGUUUAGUAUUCUCAUUGCGCGCAACUACACCGAGAUGAUUGUGGUGGCAUUUUUCCUCGGAGUGGCCAAAGGAGUUCGCACGGUUUACAUGGGCUUGGUCAUCCCAAGUUACAUCCCGCUGAAACGUCUACCCGCGGCAUCCAGCAUCCAGAUGAUGACCAACGGUAUAAUCCUGAUGACGAUUGGUCCGCUGGUCGGGCUGAUCCGGGACCUCUCGGGUGAUUACUCGAAAAGCAUUCUGUUCAUCAAUGGCUUCACAAUUGUGACACUGAUCAUGUGGGCCAUCGAGAUGGUGUACGUGAGUCGUAAGGCAGCGCGGAAACAGCGGGAAGCAAUCACACAAGAAGAGAUCUCCUGAAUGGUAGAUCCUACUUGUUUGGAUUCCCACUUACCAGUGAGUUUAGAAAUAGAUUUUAUUUUACUA